AAGGUAAUGAACACCUUUAAUUCGAUUAAUUUCGAUUAAUGUCGCCAUUUUGUAUGUCACAGUAGGUAAGUGUAGAUUAUAUACUCUGUCGGUAUUUCUCGAUGUUUACGAGUAGAUAGAGGACUUUACAUAUGCAAUAUAAUCAAAACUAUGGAUAUUAAUAAUCAUACGGAAUUAAUACGACAAGAGAUAAUAAAAAAUCAUCUACAAUUCACUGCUUUGAUACAAGAUAUACAACAAUGUACCGGUCCUUUAGAAUUACUUAAUGAACUCAAUGCAGAAGGAAGGGAAAAAAUUACAGCAUUAAGAUCCAGUAUAGAUAAAUUGACUUCUCUAUCUGAAACCAAAAUAAAUGAAAAGGAAAGAACAGAACUGCUAGCUGAAGUUGAAACAUACAAAAAACAGUUAACUGCAUCUCUCGGAGCAUUUCGUAAAGCUAAUGUCAUUAGUGCAUGUGUUAUAGAUAAAUUGGCAAGAGAGGAUUUACUCUCGAUAUCCGAAGAACAACAAAAUGCUCUUCGUAAAAGACGGGAUAAGCAAGGUUUAGCAAGUGCAUCUAAUCAAGUGACAGAAAAACUAUUAAGUAUUUCAAGACAUUUAGCUGAAACAACUCAAAAAAGUGGGGAUACGCUGGACACACUAUUAACAUCGUCCGACAAAGUGUCUAGCACUAAAAACGAAUUGGAACAUCAACAGCAAGUCAUAGUACAAUCAGGAAAGUUGUUAGGGAAAUAUGGUAGACGAGAAGUUACGGACAAAGUACUACUCGUUUUAGCAUUUGCUUUUUUUCUCGCUUGCGUCUUCUAUAUUUUACAAAAACGGCUGUUUUGAAGGUACAAAUGGCUUCUAUACAAUAUACAAGACAAUUCCAGAUUUAUUCCUUUCUUAUUUAUAAUAUUGUAUUAUUUAUAAGAUUGUACGAUCGUACGAUCUACGAGACGACGAACUGAUUACUCGUUAGAGCGAGGUUUUAUGAUAAUUUUUAUUUAUUAUGGGAUCAAAUCACAUAUUUACAAAACAAUUGACUAAAAAAGGAUCAGUCACGUAUAUAAUAUUUGUACUGAAUUUAUAAGGGAUAUUAGAGCAUAUAUCUUAGGUACUAUGUAUAUUGUUUUCAGUCUAUGUUACCACCAAAAAUUAUUAAAUUCUGUCAGUUGAUUUUGUAUAAGCUUAUCCUGUAAAAAAAAAGACAAAGAUAUUUUUAAGAAGAUUAAAUUAAACGUCUUUUUACCAUUCGUUGGCAUAAGAUUUUGCAAUAAAAAAUAAUAAUGUUAUUUAUUAUCUAAUUAAACUCUAAUCUGCUCGUACAUUUUUGCAGCUGGCUAUGAAUUCCUCUAUGGAUAUCAUUCCAUCCUUAUCAGUAUCCAUCUUUUCAAAAAGUCUGUCCACGUGCCUGUUUACCAUACUCCAAACAGUUUGAUCAUUGUUUACCAUUUCAUAAAUCGCAGAGACAGCGAUCAUCAUUUCGUGUUUCGAGAUGCAACCAUCGCCAUUCAAAUCAUAAAAUCUAGAAGCAAAAAGAUGACCGUGACCAGUUAUUUUUAUCAACGGUCGAGGUUCACCAUUGCUAACCCCGUCAUAAUCAAUAACGAUCCAUACGAUAAAUAGAUAUCUUUCCAACAUAUAUACUUGUUACCGAAUUAUAGAAAAUCGGAUCGCGCUGAACUGCUUCGGAUAAAACGUAAGAGUAGACUUUCUCUGCCAAAUGCUAUUAAUAGUCUAGUAGCCUGGAAACCAGCUAUUACGGUAAUAGGAAAUGAUAGUGCUAGUUGCGGAAUUAGUUUGCUUUAAACUGUCUGGAUACUUUAUGAUACAGACCGUUUCUACUUAAGGUCUCCAAAUUCACAAGAAGCUUCUGUAGCUCGAGAAUGCUUUUCAAGCGAGUAAUAUAGAAUGAUUUAACAUAUACAUGCGUAUGUAAAAAAUUAAAAAAAUUGAAGGGAUCGAUUUGCUCGACUCGUCGAUCGUUCGGUUACACGCGCAAACACAUGCAUAAUCUUUAUAGAUCGUCCUUGACACGAUAUUUUUCAAUGUAAAGCAGCUAUCAAUUCUGUUGGUGCGUGUGAAAGAUAGGAACCACGGAUGGAAAUCAUAUGUUAUCGUCGAGUCUUAUGAAUGAAAUUAUAUGGGUCACACUGACUUCUCGUAAUAACUGGAGUACUACCGAGUGCUAAAGAAAGCCAUAUUGCAGGUGUGUUACGAAAUGAAAUGCACUUGCAUACGGAAUGUUAGCUUGUUAUUUCAAAUUAUAGAGGUGGAAUGUCUCUCCCGAUCGUUUGGUAGAUUAGAGAAAACGAUAUGAGUAAUUGCAAUUAAAUCGGCAACGUUCAUAUUAUCUUUAGACGAUAUUUAUACGCACGUGGAAUACGAGAACGUAUUAUAGCUACCUCGAAUGAAUGAGAAUCACUCGGACAAUGGUCGGAUAGGGACUUCCCCAAGUUCAAUGCGAUCGAGUAUCCCAUUUUAUUCGUCAUUUUACUUUCUCAUAUGGAAUAUCAAACGAAUCAUCUAACAAAAAUAAAUCUUUCUUGCAGGGAAUUCUUUUUUAUUAGGAAUAAUAUUAGAAAUGUUAAAGGCAAAGUAUUCUCAAGCACGGAUAUGCUAUCAACGAACGAGCGUAUUCGCAAGUUUAAUCGUCACGAUUUUUCUGAGCGGUAGGGCGAGCUUGGUAUAUAAAAGAACAGUAAGCAUCCAGCAUCUCUUCAUUGCGAGAGUGCAUUUCUUACCGUGGAAGUUCUAAACUUUUAAAUAGAGAAUCUCAUCUAGGAUAAAUACCAAUUGUUUGAGGAUUAUUACACGAGAAAUUACAGUGCAAUAACAAUUUAAUAACAGAUAUUGAAGAAAAGUUCAUCGAUAUCAAAUCAGCUUUAUCUUAUUAGUAAGAUAAAAAAAUAGGAAAGAAAGGAGAUACUGUCGCUGAUUAUAUAUUGCUCAGAAAGUGUGAAAUUUGAAAGUCACAAAGGAGAGCGUCAAGUCAAUAGUGUCUCGAAGAGAACAGUGAUGCAUAAAUUGGAGCAGUAAUAUAUUAAAAUAAAAAAAAAAAAAAAUCGCACUCCUUUCGCGCUAACCCAAACACAGCGAAGAUGAAAACGUUCUUUCUCCUUUUAUUAUUGAUUGGCAAUGUUCUUUGCGUGCGAUGGUUGGAUAUACUACUGGGACAAAAACCUUAUUCCAAUCAGAGAUCUGAUUAUUAUCUAAAUCAACGUUAUCAACAACGCCAAGGAAAAACCGGUAAGGAACGUUGGAAAGAUAUUUGCAGAACGAUAAAUGCCGAUCCGUAUGCAUCUCCAGGACGCUCACCUUACCCAGCUGCCCCAGUUUGUCCAUGGUAAUACCUUUUGUUCCAUGAUUACAUAUUUCAAAUUCGUCGUAUUGACGUGUUCGUGCCAAAUAUUAGAGAUUAAGGUACACGAUUGUUAUUAAAAAUGUUAGUUUUAAAAAUAUGAAUUUAUUAUAAUAAUGUUCUAAAUUCUAUUUAAAAGUAUUUCAGUCGAUAUAUAGUUUUUCUAUAUAAGCAUUUACACUAGAGUCACGAAUCGCCUAUCUGUCGUGUUUAUGAAUUAUGCAGAAAAUAGGCAAGCAUACGAAUGAGAAAAGCUUUGUACAUCUUUCAUCGAUUUCCUUAUUCCAAUGAGAAUCCAGUUCUCGAACCGUACAUGGUUAUAAAUCGUAUAAUUUAGUCAUCUUGGAAUAUUCUUCUUCUAUUAUCGAGUAUGUACUAUGUAACGUACAAAAAUAAAUUAUUUACAGUAAAUAUGAAA